AUGGUUGACCUCGGAAUCUCGUUUGCAACCGUCAAGUCGCUCUUGAUCUUCUUUGCCCCCGUCUUGAUUCCCCGUGUCAUUAAUUACUACCGAAGCCUCCGAGUUGCGCUCGCCUCGCGCCCCCAGCCCCGGGCUCUCCCCGCCAAUGCCGGACGCGCACUGAAUAUCCUCUUCUUUUCGACCCUGUUCUGUCUGCUCCUUAGCCUCCCGUUUAACCCUCAUGCCCCCGGCGAGAGUAUCUUCGCCUUGACGCGCUCGCGCAUCAACACCUCGACCGACGUCCUUUUCAGCCGACUGGCGCGAUACCGGCCCGAUAACACGCUGACCGAUGCGGACACGCUGCUCCGGUCGAAGUUGACGUCGGUGGGGGCCCGCAAGGUGUACCUACGCUUCGGGCCCGAGACGUUGACCGGAUGUCAAUUCUGCUCGCUGGACAAUGUGAACACCUACCUACUCUACUACCUGCCGUUCAACACGCUCCUGCCGCAUCUGCUGCACAUGGUCAUCGUGGGCGUGGUAACGUCGGCUCCGUUGGCCGGCCGCGAGGCAGCCAGCUGGCGCAACAAGUUCACGGUGGCGGGACUGGCGCUGGCCGCACUCGACCUGUACGUUGUCUCUACGCGGGACCCAGUGCAGUCGGCGCCCGCCUCGGUGCGGGCGGGCAUCAAGCCGCCGUCGAGCCUGUACCAUCAGAUCACCCUCCUGCGACCGCUCGCGCUGGCUAUCUUCGACGGCAUCUGUGCGUUUCUGAUCUACGUGACGGCCACCAACCGGUUCUUCUUCGCGCCGCCGUCCCAAGCCGACCAGGUGGAUCAGCUGGUGAACAACUCGCUGUCGGCGCUGACCGGGGCCAGCGCGAAGCUACACGCCACGAGCGUGACCCGUAAUGCGGUGGUGCGGGACAAGUUGCUGAAGGAGCGGGAUGACAGCUACUGGCGCACGGUGGUCGAGACGCAGGCGGACCAGGGCCGCAUCGGCAACGGGGACCCGAGCGUGGACGCCACGAGUAUCUGGGAGGAAGAGGAGGCGGUUCGAGCCAUGUCGCAGGCGAUGGGCGGACAAGGAGGUGUCGAUAUGGCCAAGCUGGGGGUCAAUGCGGCGGAGUAUGUCAACGGGGUGACGGCGGGGUUGGAUAGCGAAGGGGAGGUGCGCGGUACAUAA